AUGGGCGGUAGGUCGCAGGAAGGCAUUGAUUUGUUCAGUGUCUCACGCGUGGGAAACGCGGGAACACCGGAUCCCUGCAACUAUCAAUUGGAGAAUCUCGUGAAUUUUGUCUCGCUAUGGGAUGCUGCCUAUCACGACGACAUUUGGAUCUUCUACGACUAUUUGUCCUUGUUUCAAUUCCAACGUGACACGGCUGAGCAAGAGGCCAGUUUCCGGCGAGCAAUGUCGAACAUGCACGUUAUGUAUGCUCACCAGAGCACGCUGACAUUCCGCCUGGAACGUCUCACACCUGUUGAAACAUGGACUGCUAGGAAGGAAGACUCAACGUACAAAGUGCUGGUGUACCAUGCGGUGCAUGGAUUCCACUCAGCGAGCUGGUGGAAAACUUUGUUUUUUACCUGGAACGCGGCUGGUGUCGUGCCGAAAUUGAAUGGUCUGCUGCACGCGGCAUUCCAGCUCAGAAUAUUGCGAUCGACGGAGAGCCUGGCAAACAGGUCACAGUAA